ACAAAGAUACACUCAUCAUCUUUCAUCUUCCUGAAAUAGUAGUCAUAACCCGGAAGAAGUUGUCUCCGUCAGUGUCUCAACCCGGUUGCAAUUUUUAAAGUUUGUCCUCUUUACAGCCAUAUUGGAUCUAACUAUCUCAUACAAAAUGCCUGGGGAAGCCACAGAAGCAGAUUCUGGCAUAGAAGUACCACAGAUGCCGUCACAUGUGUUAGACCCUUCGUCUGUUGUGUUAGGAGCCUUGGGUGAAACAAGUUUUUCUCCAUCUGAUGAGACCGCAGCAGAGCAGGAGACUAAAGCAGUUGGCACAGAAAAGCCAGAGUUGAGAGAGGCAUCCCAGAUGGAACCACUACAUCCUGAGGCUACUUUGCAACUUUUAGACACAGGAAUACCAGAGAUGAUGAACGUGGCAUCCCAGACUGAAACUAAACAUCCUGAGGUUGCUGACCAACCUUUAGACACAGAAAUGCCAGAGAUGAUGAGCAUGGCAUCCCAGACGGAAACAAAAUAUCCUGAGCCUACUGUGCAGCCUUUAGCUCCUGGUGCUUCCUGUCCCAUUGGAGCCACUUUAACACCUGCUGUUCCCAAUUCAGAGACUCCUGCUGAAGAUUCAGUGCCUGUGCUGCUGCCAGUGGCUGCGACUUCCACAGUAUUCAAGAGUCCAGCAUCUGCUCCUGAAGAAGAGGAAAUGCCUCCUUUGAUUCCUCCAGAGAUACCUCCUAUUCAAGAGGUACCUUUCCAACCCAUCCUUGUGGACUUGUCAACCUCCACACCAGCUGUGGCCUCAGCUGCACCACUCAAGGAGACAGUCAUAAAGAAUGAUAAGGGAUCAGGAACAGAGUCAGACAGUGAUGAAUCUGUACCAGAUCUAGAAGAAGCAGACUCUCUUCAGACAACAACACAGCAGUCACAGCUUGCAGCAGCUGCCGAAAUAGAUGAAGAACCAGUCAGUAAAGCAAAACAAAGCAGAAGUGAGAAAAAGGCACGAAAGGCAAUGUCGAAACUUGGGCUUCGCCAGGUCACAGGGGUAACAAGGGUCACAAUCAGAAAAUCCAAGAACAUCUUAUUUGUCAUCACAAAGCCAGAUGUUUAUAAAAGUCCGGCAUCGGACACGUACAUUGUUUUUGGGGAGGCUAAGAUUGAAGACUUGUCUCAACAAGCACAGUUAGCAGCUGCAGAAAAAUUCAAGGUUCAAGGUGAAGCUACUUCAAAUGUACAAGAAAACACACAGACACCAACUGUCCAAGAGGAAAGUGAAGAGGAGGAGGUCGAUGAAACUGGUGUUGAGGUUAAGGAUAUAGAGUUGGUUAUGUCUCAGGCUAAUGUGUCCAGAGCAAAGGCUAUCCGUGCACUGAAGAACAAUAACAAUGAUAUUGUAAAUGCUAUCAUGGAACUGACGAUGUAGUCUUCCUGAGGCUGGAAUGAUUGGUUUGGAAAGUUGAACAUCUAGCAGAUUAACAUUUCUAUCAUUUGUAUGGAGUUUAAUAAAAUUGUGGUUUACUUGGUGAAAAGUC